AUGAGCUCGAGUUUCUACACAUACGCCUACGAUACAGACACAUUCGCCCAGGCAGCUAGCCCAGACAAAAACCCGAGAGCCGAAGGUGCCAUGGUAUGGAUUCCAGCGGGCGAUACCCUUGGACUGCUUGUAUACAUGGGGGGUAUUGUCACUCCAUAUGGUAAUGGCACGGGUAAUGGCACGGGUAAUGGCACGGCAGCUCCCCAACCAUUUGACAAGAUCUUUGUGUUUGAUGCCAAGGGAAACUCAUGGUCGACUCAGACAGCAACCGGAGAGAUACCUCAAAAUAGGCGCCAGUUCUGUGUUGACGUUGCCUGGGCGCCCGACAAAUCAAGCUUUAACAUUUACCUGUGGGGGGGCUUGAGCGUGCCGCCCCCGGAUGUAAACGCAACCUCGUUUAAUGAUAUAUACAUCUUAACCCUCCCCUCAUUCAUCUGGGUGAAGGCCUAUCCUGAUCACCACGGGAACGCCACGCUGCCUCCGCAAUAUGGCCACUACAGUGCUUCCUGCAACAUGGUCAAGUCAAUGUCGCAGCUGUUCGUCAUCGGCGGUACGUACACGGAUACUGAUGCCUGCGACCUCGCGGUCGACGCAUGGGCGCAGCACAAUUUUUGGACGGGGACGAGCCAGAACGCCGGCGAUAACCAGACGUACUGGGCGUUGUACGAUCCCAACGUCACAAGUAACGUCGUCUCCGUUGACGUCUAUAAUGUCGUUGGUGGGACAAAGGACGGCGGCGCAACACUCGUGAGUCCCAAAGCCGGAUUCGACUCUAGCAACAAACCUCUCCAGGACCUUUUGGGGCGGAGGCCAUCGAUUCCACCGCGGUCUCCGACUCGCCACAUCCCCAGCCCGACCACCUCAUCGACGCCGACGCCGACGUCGUCGACCCCUCCAGGGCCGGCGCUCUCUACCGGCGCAAUCGUCGGCAUCGUUAUCGGCGGCACCGUGGGGCUACUGCUCGUGCUGUUUGUGUGGCUCCUCAUUCGGAGGAGGGUCGUCCGCAGUCGGGAGAAUCGGCGCCAAUCGGAAAUGACGCAGGCUUCGUACAGCGGCGGCAGCACGGCUGGGGAACAGAGCACGGUCAGCCCGCACACGUCCGUUGGUACCUGGGUGAUGGCGUCCGGUCCCGGUAGCCCGAAACUGGCGUGUCUGCUACCGCCGUCCGAGCUCCCAACACAGCAGGGCGGCAAUAGAGGUGUUGCCAGCGAGCUACCGUAG